GGCCGUCUCUUGGAAACAAGAUCAAAACCAAAAGCUCAUCCAAAUCGAGAUCAUUCCCAAUUGCUUCUCGGAAACCCUAGCCGGUCGGAGAUCGGGACGGCGACGAGCGAACGAUGCCGGCGUCGCAUGGGGAUCUCGACCGGCAGAUCGAGCGGCUGCGGGAAUGCAAAUUCCUCCCGGAAGCGGAGGUGAAGGCGCUAUGUGAGCAGGCGCGGGCGAUCCUUGUGGAGGAGUGGAACGUCCAGCCCGUUCGCUGCCCUGUCACUGUAUGCGGCGAUAUCCAUGGCCAGUUCCAUGACCUUAUCGAGCUCUUCCGCAUCGGCGGUGAUGCCCCGGAUACCAAUUAUCUCUUCAUGGGCGACUAUGUUGAUCGUGGUUAUUAUUCAGUGGAAACUGUGACUCUUUUGGUUGCCCUUAAAGUUCGUUAUAGAGACAGAAUCACAAUUCUCAGAGGAAAUCAUGAAAGCAGGCAAAUAACUCAAGUGUAUGGUUUCUAUGAUGAGUGCUUGAGAAAAUAUGGUAAUGCCAAUGUCUGGAAGUAUUUCACAGACCUCUUUGAUUACUUACCCCUUACAGCACUUAUCGAGAGUCAGAUAUUUUGCUUGCACGGCGGUCUCUCCCCAUCCUUGGAUACAUUAGAUAAUAUUCGUGCUCUUGACCGCAUACAGGAGGUCCCUCAUGAAGGGCCUAUGUGUGAUCUUUUAUGGUCUGAUCCGGAUGACCGUUGUGGUUGGGGAAUAUCUCCAAGGGGAGCCGGCUACACAUUUGGACAAGAUAUAGCUCAACACUUUAAUCACACUAAUGGUCUCAGUCUUGUAGCUCGAGCCCACCAACUUGUGAUGGAAGGUUUUAACUGGUGUCAGGACAAGAAUGUUGUUACUGUAUUCAGCGCACCAAACUAUUGUUACCGUUGUGGUAACAUGGCUGCUAUUAUGGAGAUCGGAGAGAAUAUGGAUCAAAACUUCCUCCAGUUUGAUCCUGCGCCAAGGCAAAUCGAGCCAGACACCACCAGGAAGACUCCUGAUUAUUUCUUAUAAUCGUCUCAUUUUUCAGUUCCGUUUGAUUCUGUAGAUUUGUGUUCGAUGGACAUAUGGUGGUUGUGUGUCGCCGGGGGGAUCUCGUCGUUCUUCUUCUGCCUGGAGGUUUUUUGGAUAUUGACGAAGAUCUGUUUUCGUUUUCUAUUCUUCUUUAUGUGGAUUCUCAGAGGGUUCUGUUGUUCUUCUUUUCCUUUGUAUUGUAAAAGAAAUUUAGAAAGCAGCAAUGACAAUUGAUAUUUCUCUUAA